AUGGCACUGGAAGCUGUUCACGACGAUUCAAGAUUCCCGCCUGGUACUGUCGCGCUUGAAGAUAUCCAGGGGCAGAAUGAGAUUGUACGAACAGUUCUACUACCACGUCCCAGCCGUGACCCUAACGAUCCUUUGGUACGUCACCAAGAAAAGAUCGAUUCAUUCCUCCUAACAAUGGAAGAAUUGGCCCCUUUGGCGAAAAUAUCUCAAUUUUGGUCUUCUGUGUUAUUACGCUCUUGUGGUAUUCGCAUUGUACGUUUGAAAGGACUUCUUGCCUUUCGUGGAUUUGUUUCUAAUAUGGGAUUGAAUUGCAGCAUUACCGUCGCCAUACCAACCUGGGCACCAAUGCAUGAAGAGAUCGGCUUUAGUUAUCAGGUCCUUAACAAUAGCUACGCCCUUGGCUCUGGGGGCGUUGCUUUUGGAGCCGUCGUCCUUACCCCCUUUGCUCUCAAAUUCGGCAGACGCCAGAUUUAUAUUGUCAGUACUGCUCUGCAGGUUGGUAUUUGCAUUUGGGAAGCCAGGCUUCAGACAGCUGCAGAUCUCUACCUUGUUACUUUUCUCAGUUGCUUCCUGGGAGCCCUUGCGGAGAUUCUUAUUCAAAUGACUGUUGCCGACGUCUUCUUCAUCCACCAGCGAGGGGCUAUGAACAGUAUCUUUAUUUUUUGUCAGCAGAUCGGCAGUGCGGUAGCUCCUGUUGUCGCCGGUUACAUUACCGAUCGGCUUGGCUGGCGAGCGGUAUGGUGGGCCAUGGCUAUUCUGCUGGGAAUUGGCCUGGUCGUCUUCAUAUUUCUAUAUGAAGAGACUAAGUUCUUUGCUACUGUGACGGAAGGAAUCCCGCCAGAAGCAACAGGGGAGGUCGGGAUAAAACAGAAUCUCUUUGAACGUGGUGAGAUCAAGACGGAAUUGGAAAAAAAAAGCCCUCAACAGCCCUUGGAAAUUCAACAACCCUUGGAGACUCAACAACCCUUGGAAAAGACCAGCUUCAUCGAAAAUUCUCCUUUAUACGUCGUUGAUAUUGACGAGUCAAUUCCGACCAUGACCUAUCGACAACGCCUAUUCCAAACGGCAAUUAGCCCCGGAUCUAUAUCGAAGCUUCUCUUGCAUACCUAUCAGCCUUUUCACAUUAUGAUUUGCAUUCCCGGCAUUUUAUACAUGGCUAUCGUCUAUGGCAUUUCAUUUGCUAUCAUGACAAUCAUUGGGACAAACAUGGCGGAAUUUAUGCCCUCUCCGCCAUAUAACUUCAGUCCGUCCGCUGUUGGUCUCAUGAUUCUGCCCGUUUUUAUUGGAACAGCUAUAGGAAUGGCUAUUGUUGGACCUACCUGUGAUAGAUUGAUCCUCUACCUUUCCAGGAGAAAUGAUGGGAUCUAUGAGCCUGAAAUGCGCUUAUGGUUGCUUGUUGCCUUUAUCCCGUGGAUCCCUGCUGGCUUGAUGAUGGCAGGCUGCGGUUUCCACUACAGCCUACCAUGGCCUAUUAUUGCUGUGGGGUUCGGCGCCGCUUCUUUGGGGGUUGCACCAGCAAACAGUAUAGCUUUGACCUAUGUCACCGAUGCUUAUACCGAGAUCCUGGGUGAUGCCAUGGUGGGAAUUACAUUCUUUCGCAACCUCCCGUCAAUGGUCCUACCAUUCUUCCUACUAUCAUGGAUACAUCGUAUGGGCCUUCUAAAUGUCUACAUCAUUGUGGCUGUCCUUUCAACUGCGAUCUUUAUGAUUACUUUGAUUUUUAUCUAUUACGGGAAGAAGAUUCGUGCGGCGAGUGCGAAUCGAUAUCGAUGGUUUGCUUCUCGCCAGUUCUAG